AUGUCAACCGAGCGACCGCAGUACUUUGAGAAUACUCUAACACCGGUGACGAUAAACGCGACUACACUUUCGAACUCGCUUCAGGAACUUCGCGCUGCGGUCCAUAAUGGAGCCGCAUUAGUCCAUCAAAAUGAGCCUCUACCAGAUAAGUGGGGGUUCGGUGGCAUGUUCAAGCAUUUUCCAGGUGUCGCCCUUGCUUUCCUGCGUCUUGAUUACCAAUCCCCGGUGCUAGCUGAUGGAAAGGGGUCUUCUUCCCCGGAUUACCGUCAGUAUGCUCUACAGAGAAUUCCAGCAGAGUUUCCAGAUAUUCCUCUGCUUCCGUCACGAUUAUCUCCGGCAGGAUCAUUUUCCCCGCUUGCAGCUGUUGCCUUACGCAUCCUUUCAACGGUAGCGAAGUCCAAUUGGGUGUCCAAUGCGGAACUCAGCCUGCCACAGGAAGAUAUUACCUGUCUCCACGAUGCUGUUAACCUGGCAAUGAAAAAUGGUCCUAUUGUUCCGCAUGAUGAUCGAAAAAUGGGAGGAGAUGAGAUGUUGUACGGCCGUGCCGGACUUUUGUGGACACUUUUAAAUGUGCGCAAACAUCAAUUCAGCGAGAAAACUAGAACCGCACUUGCCCCCGUUCUGACCAUGAUCCCGGAACUGCUCCGUGUGAUCAUUGACGCGGGUAGACAAGGCUCGAAAGAUUAUAUUCAGAAGCAUGGAACCAAAGAUGCACAGCCACUUAUGUAUGCUUGGAUGGAGGGCCAUUUUUGUUUUGGCGCUGUCCAUGGAAUCACUGGAAUUCUGCCUAUUAUUCUCGCAUGUAAUCGAGAUGAAAUAUCAGAGUAUCUCCCCGAAAUAGGGGAAACUAUCACUGCACUCUGCAAAUUCUCCAUUGCUAGUAAUGGCCAUCUGCCAAUGACAGUUCCUCCAUUCAGCUUCGGCCGACAGUCUGAACUGGUUCAACUCUGUCAUGGAAGCCCCGGGAUCCUCAUUCUUUUGGCCACAGCGUUGAAGAAUGAGGAAUUGACUCGAGAUUAUUGGCAACCCGAGUGGGAUCAGACCAUCUAUAUGGCUACCGGGCGUGUUUGGGAGGAAGGAAUCCUUUCUAAGGGUGGAAGUUUGUGUCAUGGCAUUUCCGGCAACGCUUGGCCCUGGCUCAUGCUCCAUGAUGCGGUCGAAUACCACUCACGAGCAAUUCAAGACGCUCGAAAUGCAUACCUGCAGCGCACCCAGGAACUGGCACUCGCAGAUGUAGAGUUGAGUCAGAAGCUUACGCCAGAUUUCUUUUUGUCGAGAGCUCUAGCUUUCCUUUUGCAUUCAUUUGAAACUCGCCCAUAUAACUCCUCCCCUGCGACUUCCGACAAAGAUUAUCGGAUGCCGGAUGAUCCAUACUCUCUGUCUGAGGGCCUCGCAGGCAAUUUAUGUGCGUGGGCUGACGCGUGUGCCGUUCUUGAGGCAAGAAUACGGAAGAUGGAAUUCAGCGAGAAGGGCCUUGGCUUCGAAAAUGACAGCAUCUUUCAGCAGGCAAUGCGGGCCCAACUUGGCUUUCCCUUAAUUGGAGGCAAUGGAGCCACUGGUCUUCUUUAG